AGCGCUGUGUUUCAGUUUCCAUUUCGCGGAAGUAGAUGCUGUGUGUAUGUCCAAUGAGCUUCCGUACAAGCGAACGUGUGUGAACUGCACGCGAACUAACUACGAAGAGAGGGCAUAGUGUGUUUGAAGCUGAAGCUGAAGGCUGGGACAGAUGCAUAACAUGCAGUUCAAUCGCCGUGGGUAUUUGUAAAAAGUCUGGGACGACUGCAAACUGCAUGGCACAUGUGGCUUAGCUAGCUAGUGAACGUGAGCUCCUAUACAUUGAGGUUAAGAAGGUGUUUCUCUCUCCAGCCUUCAUGGAAGGAGGAAAAGUACGCAGAAGGAUUCGUAUUUACGACUGCCGCUCCAAAAAUGGGGAGAAAGUUAACCAGGAAAUGCUGGAAACGAGUGGUUUGGACUUCAAAGGCUUUAUUAAACUUCUGCACCGGACAUUUGGGAUCCGUUCAAAUGAAACAUUUGUGUUGGCCACAACAGACAGAGCAGUCCUGGAUUCUAAAAUAUUUGACGAGCUUCAAGAUGACAGCACCCUCCACUUGUUGAAACAGAAACACCAAGCUCUGGCUGCGGCGACAGAAGAGAACAUCAACUUUACUCCUCACUAUGAUACGCUGAUACAGAGUGGCACCUAUGAGUACUGGGCUAGCAGGGGACAGAACCCAUUGCCAUACUCACUUGCUGAGCUGAUCGACAACGCUCUUUCAGCCACAGCUAAAAACCAAGGAGUGAGGAAGAUAGAAAUACGCAUGAUGUUUGAUGACACUCUCGGGAAACCUGCAGUGAUUGUUUUAGAUAACGGGUGCGGGAUGACCUCUAAACAACUCAAAAACUGGGCUGUGUACAGACUCUCUAAGUUUACCAGGGAUGUCGGCUCCUAUGGAAGUGAGGAUGAAGGAUAUGUUCGGCCUGAUCCUGUCCCUCGCAGUCUCAACAGCGAUAUAUCCUUCUUUGGAGUUGGAGGAAAACAGGCUGUUUUCCACAUUGGAGACUCAGUCAGGAUGAUCAGUAAACCAUAUGGCUCCCCGGAUGUUCAUGAGAUGGUUAUUUCCAAACAAGACUUUGAGAAAAAGGUGAAGAACAAAGAGGAUGUUUACAGUGGGAUCAUUCGAAACAGGAAGCCCGGCGACCUUUCACAUGUGAAAACAAAUGAUGAGCGCUUCCUUCAUAACCUCAUCCUAGAGGAAUCCGGCAAGGAAAAGUUCACGGCUGUGGUCAUUACAGGAGUCUUUCCUGAUCACAUCGCUUUUCUAAAACAGGAUAUCAAAGUGUGGACGAGACAGCUGGCUGAAGUAUACCACUACUACAUUCAUGGAGUCAAUGGAAAGGAAAUGAGAGACAGCUCCGCAGACUCGGAUUGUCACCCUGAAAUAAAAAUCAUGAUCAGUUUACGUGACAAGCCUCCCGUUGUGAUGGAUCUUAGAGAGGUGGAAAACGACAUUCAGACUAUGUACAUAAAAUCAGCUGUGGACACGUUUGAGUUUAAGGCCACCACUGCACAAGAUGGCGGCACAGUGGAUGGACUCAUUCGGUAUCAUCCCUUCCUGUAUGACAGGGAGACUUACCCUGAGGACCCUAAUGCUGUGCAAGCCCCUGAUGAUGAAGAUGAUGGUGAUAAUGAGCCUGGAGUCCUGCAUCAGGAAAGAAGGAAAAGGCCGAUAUUUGACUGUUUCUGGAACGGACGGCUCAUACCUUACACCACAGUGUCUGAGUUUGACUGGUGUGCUCAGAGUAAAGGAGUAAAGGAGCUUGCAGAGUGUUACAGUCGGAUUUCAGGGGUGCUCUUCACUGACGACAGAUUCCCAGUCAGCACCAACAAGCUCACCUUCAUGGAACUGGAGCUGAAACUGAAGCACAGGGACACUUUCUUCACACGCAUUGUUAAGGGACAGAAACAAAGAGGUAACAUUCAGAAGGACUUCAUGCAGUGGCUAAAGAACUGUCACGAGAAGUGGGACAAGCAAGUGAAGUUCCUUAACUUCAAGAAGACCAUCACACGAAGUGAAUUGCCUGUUAAGAGAAUGCAGUAUCCCUGGGCGACAUUCACCUCCAUCGAAUGGGACGGCAAAAUAUACUCAAAAGGCCAACUUGUGAAGUCUCAGAAAACGCAGCCCAUUCUCUAUGGCAGCGUGGUGCGUUUCUUGCUGUAUGGACAACAUGAAGAAGAUGUCUUUGCCACAGGGGGAGAGGUGGAAAUUUGUAUGGAACCCAAAGCAUUUCACGACAAGAUCAAGACCAUACCCAUUUCCAAGAUUGACAAGAACGCCACUUCCGAAGCCAUCCAGAGAAACAUUGACAAUGACCUAGCCAAGCUUCCAGAGUGUCUGAACGUGAGCUGGCCUGAAGGAGACCCCUGGCUAGAGGGUGGCGCUCGUCCAGCUGGGACUCCAUUAGGGCCACUCAGCAUCAACAUAAUGAACAAGAAAGGAGAGUCUAUAUCCCAGAUGCCAGCAGUUGGCCAGGGAGCCGGGAAAAGACUCAUUAUUGAUCUCAAAGUCUUUCAGCAUGGUAAUAAGCCUGGUCAAAAAAAAGAAGUCUUAAGUCAUGCUACCCCUACUUCAGCAAAGUUUUUCUGGUUCAAAAAGAUUGAGAUGCUGACCGGCCUGGGGGAGUAUACUCUGAUACUGAGGACUCUUAUCAACGAGAACAAGGCCGACAGCUUUGGGGGCACAGAGCUCCCGAGCUACAAACUCAACUUCACCAUCAAAGAGGGAAAGGCUGAGAGUUUUGUUAUUGGUACAAUGAGCUCCAGUCUUCGCGUGGGAAUGCCCUUCGACAUUCCUCUGCAGAUAAAGGACGGUUACGACCACCCCACAGUGCCUCCUCCAGAUCUCAAACCUAUACUCAAAUGCAGUAGCCUGACUUCACUCAAUUUCGACAAAACGGAAAGCAGUGGGACGACGUUAUACAUCAGACGUGUCAAAGCAAGUGGAAAAGUCUUGAACUACCUACAACCAAAGACAUAUGAUCUGAGAGUGACCCUGCCGGGCUUGACGCAAAACACAGAGACUAUCAAGUUCAGUCUUCUUCCUGGUACUGCACACUCCAUCCACGUGACACCAGAAGACAAACCAAUCAAAGUAGAUAAUGGAAAACCUAUCUUGUUUAAUGUUGAGAUCCACGAUGAGGCAGGAAACAUCACAGCUAACUCCAAACAGAUCGUUCGAUGCGAGGUUCAGGGGUUUCCGGGAGUGGCUACUGACUGCAGCAACUCAGGAGCCGGACAGCUCAUGAUAAAGCCCGUAAACUUGAAAAUAAUUAAGGGACAACCAGAAAAGCUCCAUGUUCAAUUUGAGAUGCCUAGUCAGAAGAAAAUCAAGCCGGUGAUGAGGGAGCUGGAGGUGGUGCCGAGCAAAAGAGUCAGCCGCAUGGAGAUCUGCAGCAAGGACGAUGAGAACUUGGUACUCACGGACAACGAAAAGAUACUCUGGCUGGCUGGAGGCCUGAUGGAAAACCUCUUCUACAAACUGUACGAUGAGGCUGGUAGAGACAUUCCCCUCACGGCUGAAAUAGCCUCCAAGAUAAAGGUUAACUGGACAGGCGAUGUAAAUCUGAGAGAUUUGGUCCAGGGGAAGCUGCCGGACCUAAAGGUGCCCCAUCAGGUGCAGGAGGAGCGCUUCUUCCAGGUGUCCUACCAAGACCAGAAUGUGUCAGUCUCCUUCCACAUCAAACCACAGCCUGAUGAACCAAACCGGCUGAAAGCAACUCUACUGAAAAGCACAGUGAAGCUCGGGGAAGUCAUACCAGGAAACAUCAGCUUGGAGCUUGUGGACCAGUAUGAUAAUGUAACAAAGACGCUUUCCUCCGACUCUAAGAACCACAUGGCAGUGAAAGCUGAGGGUCUGGACGAAUCGGCCAUCACCUUCAAAUGGCAGGAGAGCAGCAGUUCUGUUCUGGUGAUGGGGGUGCAGUUCAGGUCGGGGACUGUUGGCCCCAGAGAGAUCUGCUUCACCUACGAGAAAUAUGAGGAGCGCGUCAUAGUAAAAGUGACCGCUGGAGUCCCUGCACAGCUUAAACUAGUCAGUGGGCCAGUGCAGCCUCUGCAGGUGUUGAAUGACCAAGGCAUCGACACACCGUUUGUUGUCCAGCUGUGUGACGAGUGGGGGAACCCCUGCUCGGACCAGAGGGUGGUGGUUCAAUUGAAGUCGUCACCACAGGCACUGAAGGUGAAGUCAUCUGUUGUUUCACAACCUGUGAACAUGGAAGGGAAAGCCUCUUUCACUGUUACCAGUUUGAGCGGACCAAAGGGGUACUAUCAGCUGGAUUUUAAAGGGUCCCUCGACCGCAAACCCAUCCCCGGUCCCUCAGUGAAUAUCACCAUCACUCCUGAUCCCAACAAACCUGUGAGCCUGUCCGUGGUGUACGACAACAAUGCAACGUUUCCUGCAGGAGGCGUCUUCCCAGUCUUCUCUGUGACGGUGGUGUCUGAUGAAGGAAGCCCCAUUACCACCAAUCCUGCUGCUGCGUCCAUGCUGCUGUGGAAGGGAGUGCAAUCAGGAAGAAUUCCACCAAAGACGGCCACUGAGCUGAAAUGCAGUAAACCCAUGGAGAACCAGAAGAGCGACCGUUUUUACUUUAGAGAUAAAGAGAUCCCAGAACAAGUUGGAAAACACACGGUCCAGUUUUCUCUACGACUGGAAGGAGCUACAUUCCUUUUCAGUGAACAGAUCACUAUAAAUGUGGUGGCCAAUCAACCUGUCAAACUGGGACCCGCCUCUCAGCCACCCACCCCAGUUGUUUCCUACAGUAAGGUGUUAGCCCACCGAACCUUGGUGGAGAAUAUGACUCUGAGGAUAAUGGAUUCUUCUGGAAACCCAACGGGGGAAGACCUUAACGGGAAUGUGGUCAUUUCUAUAAAGAACUGCAGCGGAGACGGCAACAAAACCAUCCCUCUGUUUGAAGGCAAAACCACAUUUUUGGAAAUUAGCUUGGAAGAAGGAAAGGCACAUAUCGACAGGCUGGCUCUCAUGGAGAACAGCCCCGGGGAGAAUGGAAGUGCAUACACCCUCCUCUUCACACCUGAAGGGCCGAUGGUUCCCCCCACCCUGGCCCCCUUUGAGCUGCCCUUCCACUUCUACAAUGAUGCAGACAACCAACGGAAAAUGUCUGAGCUGUCCAAGAAGAAAGAUGAUCUCACCACUGCUGUUCAUGCAGAUAAAGAGUUAUUUAACACUUAUGGACAACUCCUUAGUGUGCUGACCUCUCAUCACAUCGCUGCAAGUCACAAAGAGACUUCGAUUAGAAAGGAUCUUCACAGGAGGAACAUGGAAACAGCACAAACCAUUCCACAUUUUGACAGACUCAUAACUGAGAAGCGUGCUGAAAUUGAAAAGAUAAUGAAAACACGCAGAAGAGUUUGCUCCCUCCAGGAUCACUACAAGGGGCAGCAGGAUGUUUUGGGAAUGGUCGGCCACCUGGCCUUCGUGGAGGACGAUCAUGCUGCGUGGGUUAUCUCCUGGCACAUCCAGGGGGACAUGGACUGUGUCAUCACCAAAACCACUGAAGCAGCGAAGAGGAUCUAUGACGACACCAGGGGCCGGCAGCAGGUCAUGGCCCUCGACAGUGUUUUUGUGCACCCUGGCAACAGACCGUUGCCGCACAUGGGGAGUGGCUGCAUGCUCUUUGAUCCCCCUGGGAACCCGGUCUACGCCAGAGACCUGCUGCUGUACACCGAAGACCGGGACCGUGACAUGGCUUUUAAAAACAUCCUCGGAGAGACAAUUCUGAUUGAUGACCUGGACUCUGCUAACAACUACAGAAAGGCGGUGGUGCAGAAAAAGAAGCCAUGUCCCACCAUCCUGACCAGGCAGGGGGACAGGGUCAGCUCCAGGGGCAAGUUUGGAGGAAGAAAUAACAAAGCCCAACCAAUCGACACAUUAAAAGUGUUUGGAGCCCCCUUCCCACAGCAUUACUUUUUACUUAAGGACCACAUAGACCUGCUCACUCAACAACGCUCAGCUCUGGAGAAGGUGGAUCAGGCAGCGAAGGCUCGUGACCAUCACUUAAAUAACAUGAAGUCUCCUGAAAUGCUGAGAAAGGUGCAAGAAAUGGAGGAGAGAAAGAAGCAGCUGGAAGAGAUUGAGAGACAGCUCGUGUCGACCCCAGGCAGACCAUUGAAACGGGCUCUUGAUAGCGCUGGAGAGCCAUCCGGCAUCAAUCCCAAGAGAUCGAGCAGAGAUCCACGCCUGAGGUCCACAACCUGAUAUUUUGAAAGCAAGCCUCUUUGGCUUAAUGUUGUAUUCUUGUGAAGUUGUUUUUAUGUUCCCUUUGUACAGAUUUGUUCUUUUUGUACACUGUUUUAUUUAGACUUAUGAUGGCAUGUCAAGCCAUGACGUUUCGCUCAAAGAACGUUUAUAUUCUUUCUAUUAAAAAAAAAGAAAGUAA